UCAAUAUAAAAAUAGAAAACUUGGAACAGAAAUUAUAUUUAGACUCUAAAAAUGUUUGCAAGUGUUGAAUUUGAGUCAGAUUAGAAAAAAAUUUAGUCCCUGAAUUUGUGGAACUUGAUCCAGUAGCUAGUGAUUGAUAGGAGCAUCAGGAGUAUCAUAAACAUGAGAAAUCACAUCCUUCUCCUCCUAGCUGCCUUUAUACCUUCAACUCUACCUAAUCCAGCGGGAGAGAAUGGACUGAGUGAAGCUGAGUUGAAUAUUUUACAUGCUGAGGCUGUUCUUGCUGGGAAUGCUGGAGAGGACAAUAUGUGGUUCAACUCCAUUGAUGCAGGUUUGCUGGAUAAUCUGAUUACUGAGAUGAACACAAUGAAUAAAUGGUUUGCAAGGAUUGUAAAAUAUUGGGAUGAUUUUACAAGUGGUAAAGAUGGAUCUAAAAUAUACUUGGAAGGAUUAUCAGCUAAAGAUGAAGAAGGGGUAGCUGAAGAUGCAUCAGCUGUUCAAGGAGAAGAUAGUUCUAAUACAACAAUAGCUGAGGGUAUACCAGCUGCUGAAGGUGAAGCUGUACCAGUAGAGACACCUGUAGAUGCUGCAGAUGCUGCAGAUGCUGCUAAUGCUACUGCACCAGCAGCCGAGGGAGCAGCUAAUCGUGCCGAUGCUGGAACAGCUGAUCCAGCAGCUGAUGGUGCCAACACUACUGCACCUGCAGUUGAUCCAGCAGCAGGAGCCAAUUCUACAGAUCCAGCAGCAGGAGCUAAUUCUACAGAUCCAGCAGCUGGUGCAGAUGCUGCAGCAGCAGAUCCUGCAGCUGCUCCACCUGCAGAUGAAGCUGAAACUACUCCUGCUGCGGAUGCGGCUGCUGCUCCAGCAGCUGAUGCAGCUGCAACUACUCCGGCUGCUGCUGCAGCUGCACCACCAGCAGCACCUGAAGCAGCACGAGGAAUGAUUCAAAGAGAGGGAUUGGAGGAGGGUGAUGAUCCACAUAAUCAUGAGUUUAUCGGGGGAGAUGAUCCUCAUAAUCAUGAGUUUAUCGGGGGAGAUGAUCCUCAUAAUCAUGAAUAGUAAGCAGAAGAAACAUCAACAGCUGAAUUAUAACCCUGAUAUCCGUCUAUAGAUCAAAAACAGUUAUUGAGUAUAAUCUGAAAUACUAUAAACAAAAUACAACAUAUGUUAAGAUAUGUAUUUUACUGUCUAUAAGAAUAAAUAUUGUGGAACAGUUCAGAAAAACAUAUACAAUUUAUCUUUGUUAUACAAUUUAAAAAUAGAAACCAAAUAAAUAAUAGCCUUUAUAGAAAAA